AUGGCGGUCGACUCGCAAGAAGCCAUCCGCCUGGCGUUCCUUCUCGAGCCAGGCCACACAGUCAGCAGUACGGAUGGUUUCGAUUAUCUUGGGACCCGACGGUUUCUCCUCAAGACUAAAGCUCAAGACGCGACCCUCCAGCGACAUCACUGGCAGCACGUGUCAGGAGUGGGCUAUGCCGAUUUCCGCGACUUCCUGCGCGCUCAGCGUGACACGUGGCGACAGGAGCGUGAGGCGAGCAGGGAGGAGGGGAGACACGCAGCUGCCGCACCUCCUAAUGCUGACGUGGCACUUUCAGAAGCAACUGCAGGACAGAAGGUUCAGGGGAAGGUCGAUACGGGGAAGGUUGGAAUGGGGGAGGUCUACACUGGGAAGGCUGAUACGGGGGAGGUGAUUUAUCAUGAGGACGAGGACGGCGAGAGAGAGGUUGUGGAGGGGUUGGGAACGGUCCAGGUGGCGAUAAGGGUGGACGGGAUGACAGUCGCCGACGGCCGUGGGGAGGAUGAAGAAGGAUCGGAUGAACGUCUAGCGAAGCUUGCAGCCGAGGCUGUUGUGGCAGGACAGAGUACCGUUUCUGCUGAUGCAAGUGCUGGUGCUGGUUCUGGUGCUGGUGCUGGUGCUGGUGCUGAUGCCAAUCAUAUCUCCAAAAGCACUGACGCGCCUCCCUCUUUCACGGGCAGCAGCGUAGACUCCAUUGCUGCUGCCGUAGCAGCAGCCCUUGGAAAGUCAGAACCGCCUGUUACUGCGUCUUCUGAAGCUGCUCCCACUGCCGAAGGGCCCGAGGAGGACGCCAAUGCUACUGCUACACGUGCUGCUUCUGAUGCUGCUGGUUCGAAGCUAGCUGCUUCGGAACUAGCAGGUUCGGGGCGUAUUGGUUCUGCUGGCAGGGAGAAGCUUGAGGACGGUGCACGGGGUGCAGAGCACAGGGAGAGUGGAAUAGAGGAGGAGGUGGCGAUAAGGGUUAGUGCAUCCAGUGGUGCGGUGAACAAGGUGCAGUUCGCCCGGCACCACCCCGACCUGCUGGCCUACGGGGCAGCGGAUGGCACGCUGCGGCUGUGCUAUGUGCCGUGCAGCCGGGGGGGGAGACACACCAAGGAGGUUACUGACUUUGAUUGGUCGACAGAUGACGACUACCUGUGCUCGUCGUCUGCUGACAAGAGUGUGCGUGUGUGGGACGUGGGGUCGGGGCAGUGCCUUCGCAUCAUCUACACAGUCAUUCCUCAGACCUGCAUCAUCUUCCACCCUCAAAACAACAACUUCCUGGUGGUGGCGAACAGCAAGAAGGAACUGACAGUGAUGAACUUCAGCACGGGGCGCGUGGUCAGCCGCGUCGCCAUGGACAGCAACGUCACGGCCCUUGUCGCCGACCGAACCACCUCAGCUACACCUGCAGGUUCUGCCACCACCAGCGGCAGCAGCGGAAGUGGAGGAGCGGGAGGAGCGACGAGCAAGGCUGGAUCAGCUGCAGCGGCAGCGGCGGCAGGAAGCGGUGGGUUUGGAGGGGGAGCAGGGCAGGCGGACAGUGUGGUGUUUGUGGGCGACAGCGAGGGCGCCAUUCACAGCUUCACGGUGGACAAGCAGUCGGGCGCUCUGCAGCGCCGCCACAAGACAGUUGCCGGGGUCGUGCACCCAGCGCCAGUCGCCUCGCUGCAUUUUAGUUCUACCUCGGUGCUGGCGAAUGGGCCGGUGCUGCUUGCUUGCAGCAAGGACGGCUGCGUGCGGUUUUACACCACCGCAUUGGAGCUGAACGGCUACCUCUUCCUCAAGAUCUCGCUGCAGCUCUCCUCUCGAGCCACCAACAUGAAUGCCGCCUUCUGCCCCCCACUUGGGUCGUCGGGGUCGGGGGAAUACAUUGUGACGGGCAAUGCCGACCAUCACGUGUACUUCUACGACUUCAUGAAGCCUCGCAGUCCGCUCGUGGCCCGUGUGCCGGUGAGUGUGGCAAUGACUCUCACGUCGAGUUGA